GACUGGGAGAGUCCCGAGUACAAGCAGAUAUACAAGAACCCCCUGCCCAUUCCGCCCCAGAAGCAACCUCUGCGGCAAGUGACCUUCACUAAUCCCAUCAAUGGCAAGCCCAUAUGGUACUACGAAGUUGGCAUCCAGAAGGUCCAGCAGCAGAUCUAUGCUGGGAAGAAGCCAGCCACGCUCAUUGGCUACGAUGGCAGCGCACCAGGUCCGACAUUUCUUGUACCAGUCGGUACAGAGACAAUUGUUCGUGUGAUCAACAAUGUCACCGACGAGACUUCCGUCCAUCUCCAUGGCUCGCCGUCUCGUGCGCCAUUUGAUGGCUGGGCAGAGGAUCUUACGUUCCCGGGCCAGUACAAAGAUUACUAUUGGCCCAACUAUCAAACCGGGCGCUUCCUGUGGUAUCAUGACCAUGCUAUGCUGAAGGCAUCAAGCUCUGCUGAAAAUGCUUACUUUGGCCUGGCUGGCGCAUACAUCCUCAACGACCCAGCAGAGGCCGCUCUGGGCCUCCCUGCGGGCUACGGAACGUUCGACAUCCCACUCGUGCUCUCGUCAAAGUACUACAAUAGCGACGGGACGCUCCGCAGCACCAAGGGCGAGCUCGAUAGCGUCUGGGGCGACGUCAUCCACGUCAAUGGCCAAUCUUGGCCCUACAUGAACGUGAAGCCUCGCAAGUACCGCUUCCGCCUACUCGAUGCCUCUGUGUCUAGGAACUUUGCUCUAUACUUUGCCAAGUCGUCCGCCACGAGCACAAAAUUGCCGUUCAAGAUCAUCGCGUCUGAUGCGGGUCUUCUUGAUGAACCGGUCAGCGCGCAGACGCUGUUUCUAUCAUGCGGAGAACGUUACGAGGUCGUGUUCGAUUUCAGCACAUUCGCGGGCCAGUCGGUUGAGCUGCGCAAUCUCGAGGAUGUGGGCGGUGUUGGCACAGAUGAUGAUUACGGCGCGACGAACAAGGUGAUGAAGUUUGUUGUCAGCUCCGGGGCUGUGCAGGACUCUUCAGUCGUGCCUCAGAAACUUCGCAACGUUCCUUUCCCUCCCCAGACAUCUGGAGUUGAUCGAAGAUUCAAGUUUGGGAGAAGCAACGGCCAAUGGACCAUCAACGGCGUCACUUUUGCAGACGUUGACAACCGCAUCCUCGCCAAUGUGCCCCGCGGAACGGUGGAGAUCUGGGAGCUCGAGAACAGCUCCGGCGGAUGGACGCAUCCGAUCCACCUCCACCUUGUCGACUUCCGCGUCUUGUCCCGCUCCGGCGGGCGCUCGGUUCUGCCCUACGAGUCGCACGGCUUGAAAGACGUGGUGUGGCUGGCAAAGGGCGAGACGGUCACCGUAGAGGCGCACUACCUUCCCUGGAAUGGCGUGUACAUGUUCCACUGCCACAACCUGAUCCACGAGGAUCAUGAUAUGAUGGCUGCCUUCAACGUGACUGCGCUGGCAAACUUUGGGUACAACGAGACGACGGACUUUUCGGAUCCGAUGGACGCGAGGUGGAGGGCAAAGGCGUUUAGCAAGAUUGAUUUCACGUCGAGAACAGGCGACUUUUCGCAGACGACGAUUGCGACGAGGGUGGAUGCGCUGGCGAGACAGCAGCCAUACAGCGAGCUGAGUCAAGUGCUGGAUGCUCUC